AAUUUCUUUUUACUGCACACCUCAGCGAACACGCUACUUUAAUAGUUGCCAUCAUAGAUAGAUUACUAUCUAUGGUUGCCAGUGAUUCACAGUGCUAAUUCAACUGAAGCUAUGGCUACGGAUCUCAGAUUCAACCGCAAUGGAGCGCCCAUUUUAUUUGCCAUCGGGUUGGUAGUGAUGCUGUUCAUCUUGUACCGAGUGCAUUGGUCGAGAGAGACUGUUCGUAUCUCUGAGGUGCUUUCUGCUUCCAUUAUAUUAGCUGAAAGAGGAGGGCGGAGGAUUGUAGAGAUACGGAAAAUGACCGAUGCCGAAAUCGGAAGGCUAUCCAAGGGACGCACUAAUGAAGGAAAGGAUGAAUUCGUCACCUUGGGUGAUAAGGAGUCGCAUGAGAUCAUAGUGUCUGGUUUCCAGUCGCUGUGGCCCAACUUACCCAUACAGUCCGAAGAGAGUGAUUUGACCACAAUGAAAGUUGAACCAAUAUCGUCUGAGCUUCACACAGAAAUAAGUGAGAUGCUUCGAGGCAGAGAUGAUCCGGUGCCUAUGGAUGACCUCACAGUGUGGAUUGACCCACUAGAUGCUACCCAGGAGUACACAGAGGGUGGAAAUGACCCUGACCUAUUAAUGUACGUCACCGUGAUGGUGUGUAUCGCUGUGAAGGGAAGACCGAUUGCUGGAGUCAUUUAUCAACCAUAUCAGCAGAUCAAAGGCCUCAGAACUGAGGGGAUCACUAAAUGGGCGUGGGUUGGUCAUGGGGUGUCUGAAUCAUUAGAAGUAGAACAUCUUAAGGCAGAGCAGGGGAAAACGGCGAACAUUCGAAUUAUUUCCUCGAGAUCACAUUCUGGAGAUGUCAAACAGGUUGCUGAUAAAGCGUUUCCUAAUAAAAAUGUGGAGCAUAUGGUGGCUGCUGGUUCCGGCUAUAAAGUGUUGCAGGUAAUGGAGAAUCGUGCUGACCUUUACCUGCACACUACUGCCAUUAAGAAAUGGGACAUUUGUGCUGGGAACGCUAUUUUGAAUGCUGGGGGUGGGAAGAUGACCACAAGAAAAGGAGUGGAGAUUGAUUACAGCUUUAAGGGGAGCGAGAAAAACCCUGAUGGAUUAGUGGUAGCAUUGGACACAAACUUUGAUGACUAUCUUAGCAGAUUGAGAAUUAAGUGAACCUAUUGCAUUUUCCACCACGUGCACUCGUCAUGUUUUAAUCUGAAGUGAUAUUAAUGUUAUAAUUAUGAAUAAAUUA